AUCGCUUUUGCCUGGCUUUUGCUUUGCUAGUAACCGUUUGUGUUAAGUCAGUAGCGCUUCGUUUCAGAAUUAAAAAGGUCGGACAGGGUAGUACCCGACUCCUACUCUCUGCCUAUCUGUUAGAAACGGAAAUACCGGUUGAAAAGGUGUCCACCCUCAUUAAAUCACAGUCAUCUGGCUCGCUCAUUAUAUUUCUAGUUUGCCCGCAUCCUCCGAAAAUCGUGUUUCUAUUGAACGGAAAAAAGUUGUGUAAAUAAGUUACGAUUGUUGUAUCUCUCUGUUUUUUUGUGCUUAAUAAAAACUUUAUGGAUUUUACCACGACAUAACUAUAAAGGAGUGUUAACAUGAAGUUCCUCUUAUUGGGAAUUUUGGGAAUAGUCUUUUACACUAUUGACAUAAAGGCAGUUGAUCUUUCAGAUUACGAUAACUAUAAUGCCUUACCAAGUGAAGAAGCGACGCCUCAAGAAAAGAAAGUCAGAUUAAAUGAUAAUUUGACUCUUUAUUGUCCUGAACAACAGAACAUUGAAUGGAAGUAUCAGAAUAGUAGCGGCGUAUUUCCAACCAAUUUAACUGAACAAUCAUCUAUACUCGAAGUAAAGAAUGUAUCACUUCAAGGAAUCUUUGCGUGUUAUUCAAAUGGAACGCUUAUUACAGAAUAUAACGUUAUUGUUUUGGAAGCACCUUAUUUUUAUAAAAAGCAGCAAAUGAAGUCUUUAGUUGUAAAACCUGCUGGAAAUAUGGCUCAGCUUAAAUGUAAGGCAGGUGGAAAUCCGACACCCAAUAUCACGUGGUAUAAAGACGGAAAAGUCCCUAAAAGUCCCUAUGGAGAGUAUAAAAAGAGCCAUUGGUCAUUGACAUUAGAAGAUCUUGUUACAGAAGACAAAGGAAAUUAUACUUGUAUUGUGUGUAAUGAAGUUGGAUGCAUUGAUUUUACAUACAGGGUUGAUGUUGUGGAGCGGUUUCCUCACAAGCCAUACAUUAAAGACGGUUAUCCUGAAAACGUAACUGCAUUGGUCAAUUCAUCAGUACAGUUUGAAUGUCCCCAAGUAGUUGCGGAUUUGGAACCUUUCGUUGAAUGGCUUUUUAUUAAUUCUUCUACUGACUUCAAUGAUAGCGAACAUAUUACUGGAACCAAAAAGAAAGGAAACGUAUUUCAACCUGAACUAUUAGAAUUAGCUAAUGUAACUAGUGAAGAUGAAGGUUGGUACGUAUGCCUAGCGGCAAACAGCUUAGGUCAGACGAGGUCCAAAGCGUAUUUGCACGUAGUGGAUGUUCUCCCAGAAACAAUUGAGCAAAAGCCACUGACAAUCAAAAUUGGAUUAAUUAUAGCAGCUGUAGCAGCUUGUGUAUUUUUAAUGCUUUUCUAUAUUUGUCUUUAUUAUCGGCAAAAAAUAAAGAGAGAACAACGCGAAAAGAUGAUUGCUGUUGAAACAGCAAGAGCUGUUAUUAUUACACAAUGGACAAAAAAAGUGAUUGUCGAAAAAAUCAGUAAUAAUACCGAUGAUGUCACAGAGCCUUUGCUAAUGCCAGUAGUCAAAAUCGAAAAGCAAAAAGUGUCCUUAAAUAAUGCUCAAGAUGGAGUACUUUCCGAAUAUGAAUUACCCAUGGAUUCGGAUUGGGAAAUAUCUAGAGACAAGCUAUUAUUAGGAAAGAACCUAGGAGAGGGAGCAUUUGGAAAAGUUGUUAAGGGUGAAGCAAUAAAUUUAGUAAAACCUGAUACUCGAGUAACGGUAGCUGUAAAAAUGCUUAAAGAUGGCCACAAUGACAACGAAAUGAUGGAUCUUGUGUCAGAAAUGGAAAUGAUGAAAGUCAUUGGAAAAAACAUAAAUAUUAUAAAUUUGAUAGGCUGUUGCACGCAAGGUGGUCCUCUUUAUGUGAUAGUCGAGUAUGCGCCUUAUGGAAAUUUGCGCGACUUUCUAAGAGAACACCGACCAUCUUCAGGGGGCUAUGAAAUAGCUAUCGGAUCAGAGCAAAAAGAAAAGAAAACUUUAACUCAAAAAGAUUUGGUUUCAUUUGCCUACCAAGUGGCUAGAGGCAUGGAGUAUCUGGCUUCGAGACGGUGCAUUCACCGAGAUUUAGCGGCUCGAAAUGUCUUGGUCAGUGACGACUACGUAUUAAAGAUAGCAGAUUUUGGAUUAGCAAGAGAUAUUCACUGCAAUGAUUAUUACCGGAAAAAAACUGAUGGCCGAUUACCAGUUAAGUGGAUGGCCCCGGAAGCCCUUUUUCACAGAGUAUAUACAACACAGUCCGACGUUUGGUCUUAUGGCAUUUUAUUAUGGGAAAUUAUGACUUUAGGUGGUACCCCAUAUCCAUCAGUUCCUAGCGUCGAAAAAUUAUUUCAAUUGCUAAGAAACGGGCACAGAAUGGAAAAGCCUCCAUGCUGUUCUCUGGAAAUUUAUAUGCUUAUGCGGGAAUGCUGGAGCUAUCAGCCAAAUGAGCGUCCAAUAUUUGCCGAGCUGGUUGAAGAACUAGACCGAAUUUUGACGAUAACAGCCAACGAAGAGUAUCUUGAUUUAGGCCUCCCACAGCUAGAUACGCCUCCAUCAAGCCAAGAGUCGAGCUGUGAAGAAGAGGGAUUCUAUUUUUCACAGUAAAUAUGCUUUUAAAGCAUUAUUAAACUUUAAGAACUUCGAACAUAAGGUGAUAUUACCUUUUUUUGGUGUUUGAUUCAAAUGUGCCAUAUUAAUUUUUUUUAAAUAAUAAAAUGUUAAAUUAAAUAAAAAUACAAAAUUUAAUGUAAAAUUUUAUUGAAAAUGGUAACAUAUUAACCUAAUAUUGGAGUUCGACUAUUAAUAUAAAUAUGUAGAUUAUUUUAUUUUGUCCAAAAGCACAUUUAAAUCGAAUACCCUUUAACAAUAUUGAUGAUUGAGGUGCAUUUGUAUUCUUAGUUUGGACAUUCUUAAUGAUUGCCUUUACUCUUUUUAUGUCUAUUUAACGCGUUUUAAAUAUUUUAAAUCGUGCUUUGUGUAAAUCUUGUAUAAUAAAUAGUUUUUGUGAUGUUUUGUAUUUUUUAUCGAUAGGCUAUAUAAUAUAAGUUUUAGAUAUUUAAAAGAAUACAUUCGUGUAAUCAUCAAAAGAGUUUAAUUAGUUAUGAUAUGUGAUAGUUUGCCAAAAUUAACACUGCAAGCUAUAAAAUAUUCUUGAAAAUCUUAGUAAUAAUGUAAAUAAUGAACGAAUUAAACAAGGUCAAAUAAAUAUAUUAUAUUAAUUCUUCAAUUCCUUAUAAGAAUAAUCAUAGUACCUCAAUCUUAUAAAGAAUGUGGGUGCAACCCAAAAAAAAUAAAAAAAAAAUAAACAAAAUAGUCUUGCGCGUGUUGGAAGGAUAGUUUCAAAUGUCCAAAUGUUUCUAAAAAAUCCAAUCUUCUGAUGGUUAAAAGGUAACAUGUAAAUAAUAUUGUUAUUCUCGUUUAUAUAGGAAAAUAGUUUUUUCUAUUUAUAUUUAAGUAUUUUAUUUAUUUAAUCGUUAAACAUGCUAGUAGUGUGAUUUAAUAAAGUUAAGUCUCUUUCUUUAUAGAUAGAAGAUUGGAGUCUCACUUUUUUUUCCUAACUAGGAAUGUAUUUUUUUACAAAAUUUUAUUGUACUAGAACAAAAACAAAAAAUAAAUAACUUAUGUACAAAAUAAUGAAAAUUUAGGAGAGAGGAAAAAUGUUGAUAUGAAUUUUAAACCGUAGAAUACAAAAGUUAAAUAGGAAAUAUUUUUAUAAUCGUAGUUUAAGUUAGCGUCCUUAGAAAAGUAAUUAACUGGUGUAUGUAGCAAGUAUGGAUAACAAUCAAAAAUAAAACUGUUUAUAGCCAAAUUGAGGAAGUUUAGAUAUUUUGAUUUACUCAAUCUUUACAUUAGGCCAAAAAUUAAUAAAACGUUGUACAGCAAAUAAAAAUUAUAAAUUAAAAAAAUCAACAAAUAUAGCAUAUUGUGCAAAA